AUGGGGGAAAUUCUAGGGGGAAAGGCCCGGGGGCAAAAAAGCCAAAGGGAACUCCAGCCAGUACAUGGUUGGGCCCCAACCCCACUAUUGGUAAAGGAGACGGGUUGGAAAAAUGGGGGGGAGUGGGAGCAAGCAAACCAGCUACAAAACAUGCUUCUACCAAACUGCCGCUGUUACAACGAUCGCUCACCUCCAGGCGGUCUUACGAUGUCUGAAACGCCGCAGAUUGUGAUGGUAUCAUUUGAAGGUACGAUAAAUACGGAGAAUAUCAAAUCCUACCGACCUAUCUUUUCUGGCGUAACGAAUCCAAACAAUUGUCCGGCAAGGGGAACAUUCUUUAUAGAAGAUUCCGGUACUGAUUACGAGAUCGUCAAGGAACUGAGUGAUGAGGGUCACGAAAUAGGGAUUACAUCAUUCGAUGGGAAAGCCCCGACUACACCUGACGGAUGGAUAGAGAUGAUAAAACAGAUGAUAUCUCAGCUGGUAGGGUAUGGAAUUGAUGUGAAAAAGGGGAAAGGAGUAAGGGCAUCGCCGGAGGAGAUUACGAGUUGUAUUAGCAGAAACGAAAUGUUAUAUGAUUCGUCAUGUUCUAACGCUGGAUUGUCAACCGCAGGCACGCUUACCUGGCCAUAUACAUUUGACUACAUGCCCAAAAAGCUAAUGAAAUGGGAAGUACCAGCUGCUGAUCUGCAUGAUAUUAGUGGAGAAAAACUACCAAUGCCCUGUUUUCUGAUCAUUAUAAUUGGGAAUCGAAAAUCCUUUUCUGAUGAUUGUUUACCCGCAUGGGCAAGCAAGCGAGAUUUGAGGGAGGGAACGACCGAGUUUCUCCAGUAUAUUAGAACAGCAUUUGGGAAAAACGUUUGGAUAGUUCCAAUUCUAAGGGCUCUACAGUGGAUUCAAACGCCAGUUCCGAUUGCCAAUUUGACGACCUUCGCACCGUGGCAGUGUUGAUGUUUUCACUCAAACUUACCAAAAACGUUGAAUAUAUGUCAUUGCUCCAAACUUACGGAAAAACUGUUUAUUUAAGUUUAUUAUUCUAAAAAGACGCAACGGACUUCUUUCAAAGCAUUUGUAUUAAGCUCGGCUUACAGUUUACUCCUUUCUUUUUUGUUAUUUUACAACCUUCAACCGCUCCUUCACUCAUGCUCAGUAAGAAAUUAAAGUAGAACCAGGAAAUGGGCUUGUGUAGAAGUUGAAUAACCUUUUGCCUAUCUUUGUUGUGAAAAAAAAUAUAUAUUAGUGUCUUACUAUUAUUUGUUACAAUGGUAUUUGUUUUACUAGUAUUCAAAUAUUUUCUUAAAUCUAUUUGUAUUCAGUUGGUACACUAAUACAUAGCUUGUCAAAUA